GGGGACACGUCUGUAAAUUAGUCUGAGCGAAUACUUUAACGAUACACUGUACACCUUCUCAGAAACCGAACGACUGCUGAUACAGUCGUUAAAAAAUAUGUCCACGUAAGACCUUGGAAAGGUUGCAGCCAAUCACGAGGCUACUUUUUGGACAUGUCCGAAAUUUCAACACUCAUUUCGGAGAAAUGAGCGCCAUACACGCUUUAUCAUCAGCCGUUAUCGCAGAGCCGCGUAUUUGGAGCUCCCUUUCGCCAGAUGAAGGAUUCUUGUAUAACGCAGGGGACGUUGGAUCAAAGACGUAAGAUUUAACCGAUUGAAGGUAGAACCUGGACUCGCGUUAAGUGAAGCUUAUCCUGCCUUCUUGGGUAGCUAGCCAGGGCAGAGUGGAUCGGCGCUGGUCUGAUCUGGGUUCAACGAUGGCGUGGUGUAUUCUGGGUGCUGCAGUCCUCAUGCUGAGCCUGGGGGUGGACGGGGCAGGGGGCGGAGAAGGGGGCGGGGCAGGGGGUGGGUCCUACGUGGCGGCCGUGUACGAGCACCACCUCAUUCGGAACCUGCAGCCCAAGGUUCCGCUGAGCCGGCAGGAAGCACUGGAACACAUGAAUAAGAACCUGGACGUGUAUGAGGAGCAGGCUGCUGCUGCCGCCAAACAGGGUGCCCACAUCAUUGUGUUUCCAGAAGAUGGCAUUCAUAGCUUUAACUUCAGCAGGGAGUCCAUCGCUGGUUACCUGGAGACGGUGCCAGAUCCCACAACUGUGAGCUGGAACCCCUGUUCUGACCCAGCCCGUUUCCCAAACACUGAGGUUCUGCAUCGUCUCAGCUGCAUGGCCAAGAACAACGGCCUGUACCUGGUGGCAAACAUGCCGGGGCGUGAGGAUUGCGAUGCCCAGACCCCCCCCUGUCCCCCCGAUAGGCGCUACCAGUUUAACACGAAUGUGGUGUUCAGUGCUAACGGCACACUGGUAGCGCGUUACCGCAAGCGGAACCUGUUCUUCGAAUUCGAGUUUGACACGCCUGCUGACCCCCAGCUCAUCACCUUCGACACUCCCUUCGCUGGCCGCUUCGGCCUGUUCACCUGCUUCGACAUCCUGUUCUACAACCCAGCGAUGGAGCUGGUGGAGAAGUUGGACGUGCGGCAGCUCAUCUUCCCCACAGCCUGGAUGAACACACUCCCCCUGCUGGAUUCUGUACAGUUUCACCGCUCCUUCUCCUACGCCACCAACACCACCCUCCUGUCCGCUAACCUUCGCGUAGAUAAGCUGAGAAUGACAGGCAGCGGGAUAUUCAGCCCCCGGGAGACAUUACAUCACCAUGCGGGGGCGGGCGAGCCAGAAGCUGGCCGGCUGCUGGUGAAAACUCUGCCUGUUCUGGACUCCCUCAGGCCUGACCUUCGACCCCACAGCCUCCCCCUCCCACCACCCAUCUCAGGAGACCAGGAGCCCCCGUGCUAUCAGCAGGGGGACGGGGAGUGCCAGAGGACUGUCCCUGAGGGAAGGAGUCGCCCAGAGGAGCCAGCUGCCCCCAGCAGCCCCUUCAAGGCGGAUAUGAUGAGCGACAAUUACACCAUGGUGCUCAUAGAGGGUGCUGAGGGAAACCUGUCUGUGUGUGAUAAUGCACUCUGCUGCCACCUGCAGUUCCAAAGGCGCACUGCGCCCCAGGAGCUCUACGCCCUGGCAGCCUUCGAUGGCCUGCACGUGGUUGAUGGAACAUACUACUUGCAGGUGUGCGCGCUGAUUAGGUGCAGCGGUCCCACCCCUCAGGCCUGUGGGGCAGAGAUCGACCACGCCGACACGCUCCUGGACUUCCGGCUGAUGGGAAACUUCAGCACGCGCCACGUGUUCCCAAGCGUGCUCGGGAGCCACAUGCAGCUGGACCGCAUCGACCACAGCGGCUGGGAGGGGCGGGGCUUCUACAUGACCCGCCACGAGAUGGAGCGCGGUCUGGUGACUGCUGCACUCUACGGCAGAGCGUAUGACCGGGACCACACCCACACCUCACCGCACCCACAGCUCACUGUGACCGCACCCACAACUCACCACGACCGCACCCACAACUCACCGUGACCACACCCACACCUCACCGUGACCACACCCACACCUCACAGUGAAUCAGCCCGUGAGGAAAUGUCCUGUACUUCCCUCAUUUUGGGUGUUUAACUGUGUCACCCUUUUUUUGCACCAUCACUGUGGCUGGUUUCUUAUUCCUUCAUCUCCUGCAUUCUUGAUUGUUUUAAUACUUUGUUGAUUAUACUGUCUUUGUCAGUGUGUGCUACAAUUAACUGCCACACACAAAGGAAAUUUUCCACUUGUUUUAACAAUAAAGUUCUCUUCUAUUCUGUCCUA